UUUUUAUCAUCGCUCUCUUUCCAACGUUCGGCAAUUUGACUUCAGAGAUUCGUUCCUCGCAGAUAAAUUUUUCGUCUUUUCUCUCCUUUGAUUUAACUUCCGUGGCUGUUGUUUCUCGCUUCCUCUCGGUCCAGCUGUAUAUUGCUCUCUCUUUCAUUUCAAUUCAUUAUUUAUAUCUCAGUUUCAUUUUCAGUGCAGAAAGUACAAUACAGUGUAAACACAAGGUAGGGCCCACCUGUGUUUGGUAUACACGCGUGUUAUUUUUCUGCGUUUUUUCCCACGCGUAAACGGAGGUCGCGUGAUUCGUUUAAUCUACUGGGCGCACUCCUAGGAUCGAGGCGGAGGUACGAUUAUCGAUGGGUGUCUCAUUCCACGAUGAGCGGUGUCAAGAAGAAAGUCAAUCAUCAGGCAGUGUUUAAACGGCGUACCAAAAACGAGGACAAUGCUGAGUUAUCGAGAAGCGUCAUUUUAGAAGCGAGAAAAACGGGACAUCUGAAUCUCUCGUCAAAGGGAUUGUCCACGGUACCUGAUAGAAUAUGGAGCAUAAACGAAUUAACAAAAGAAGAAUUAUGUGACAUGCAUUUCGAGCUCGAUUAUGUACACGAGGAAGAACGAUGGUGGGAACAAGAACCACUGAAGAUUUUGGAUCUAAGCUCCAAUAGUUUAACUGUAAUCAAUGACAAGAUACAAUUUCUAACAGAACUGAGUACUUUAAAUUUGCACAACAAUUUGUUAGAAGAAUUACCACCUGAGAUCGACUCUCUGCGCAAGUUAAAAAUAAUAAAUCUGUCCAACAACAAACUGAAAGAUUUACCUCGUGAAUUUUACACAUUGGAGGAAUUAUGUGAGUUAUAUCUAAAAAGUAAUCAUUUAAGUACACUCGAAGCCGAGAUUGGGAAUCUAAUCAUGUUAACUCAUAUGGAUUUAUCGUAUAAUAAUUUAAGUGAAUUACCAAUUGGAAUGGGAUAUUUGGUACGAUUAGAAACGUUAAAUUUGUGUCACAACAUGAUAAAAGAAUUACCGCCCGAUAUAACAAAUAUGAGAUCAUUAAAAACAUUAGAUGCCAGCUUUAACCAAUUGGAAACGUUACCACCAUUAAGCGAAUUGCGAAAAGUAGAAAGAAUCAUGUUUCAAUCUAAUAAUUUGCAAGAAUUUCCAGACAUAUCAGGUUGUUCAGCUUUAACAGUAUUGCAUUUGGAUAACAAUAACAUUCCUGAAAUUGAUCCGCAACGCUUAGAAGCAAUAAGACACCUAAAAAAGCUCACGUUGCAAAGCAAUAAAAUUGAAGUAAUACCUGAAGAAAUAAUCAAAUUGAUAAAAUUAGAGGUUUUUGAUUUAUCGUAUAAUAAUAUAUCUUUAAUACCUCAUUGUAUUGGCAUAUUGCCUAAUUUGAAGCAGUUUACGAUAAAGGGAAAUAAUAUAAAAAAUAUAAGAGGAGAUAUAAUACGAUGUGGAACACCUCGCAUUUUGACACACAUUCGCCAAAGGGUAGAUAAUACAAGUAUAAAUGCCAAAGAAUUAUUACAACCUAGUACAAGCAAUAAUAUUUAUCCCGAUAAAUAUAUAAUGAAGAAUACAAAGUUGUUCAGUUUAACUGGACAAAAUCUUCAGGAGUUACCCGAUGAAGUUUUGGAGAAUGCAGCGGAAGCCUCCGUCACAAUCAUCGACUUAAGUAGAAACAAAUUUUCAGAAUUGCCCGAUAAAAUGUCGAUAAUCGCUACGGUGACGGACUUAAAAUUAACUUCAAAUCAUCUAGCGAGCUUACCAGAAUGGAUUGGUGAAAAGUACAAAUAUUUGCAAGUUUUAGAUAUAAGUAAAAAUUAUUUGCAGUCUUUACCAUCAAGCAUCAGUUGCUUGAAAUACUUGCGAGACGUUGAUCUAUCAUUUAACAGGUUUACCGAGUUACCAGAAUCUAUUUAUGAUGUUACAUCUUUGGAAAGUUUAAUUGCCAAUGACAAUCUAAUUGCAAAGAUAGAUGUAUCACUUUUGGAAAAAUUAAAAAGACUCGCAGUAUUAGAUCUGACAAAUAAUAAUAUUGCUCAUGUACCGCCUGAACUCGGUAAUUUGAAAAAUUUAAGAAAUCUAUUGUUGUCUGGAAAUUGUUUCAAAUAUCCUAGGCAAGCAAUUCUAAUAAAAGAUACAGAAGAAAUACUCAGUUACCUGCGUAAUUUAAUACCUCAAUAACAAUAAAUAAAAUAACGAAAGUGUUAGAAA